AUGCCCAGCUGCCUGCUAAAACUGACCAGGGUGGUGCUGACCCACAAGCUCAGCUCAGGGCUCAUCCUCACCUUUAAGUUCAUGUCCUUUGCCUCCAUCAUAUUGUACUGGAGAAUCGUGGAGAACACGAAAGGCAUAAGCCAACUCUACAGCUUGCCUAUUGAAAUCAGCUGUGCUCACUAUGUGCCUUCUCCCCUUGCCACUGCUGAUGGGCCCCCUCCAUCCUCAGGGAAUGUGUUUUUUGUGGAGACCUCAGAGCAAACUAACCCAAGCUACCUGUUCACGUGCUCUGUGGAGUCAGCAGCCAGGACACAUCCCAGGACAAAGGUUGUGGUGCUAAUGAAAGGCUUGGCAAAAGGGAACACCUCCUUACCCAACCACUGGGCUUUCUCAUUGCUGAGCUGCUUCCCCAACGUGGAAAUCCGGCCCCUGGACCUGCCAGAGCUUUUUUCUGGAACACCUCUGGAAAAGUGGUACUCGUGGCCUCUGCGGCACUUGGAGCCUUAUUUCUUACCCAUCCUGUCUGAUGCCUGCAGGAUUGUCCUCAUGUGGAAAUUUGGUGGCAUCUACCUGGAUACAGACUUCAUUGUGCUUAAGAACUUGCAGAACCUCACCAAUGACUGGAAGAAAUACUUUGAAGUGGUCACUUCCUCGGAGCUUCACCGACUCUUCAGUAACACCUAUGCAGUGCAUGUAUGGAACAAGAAGAGCCAAGGGACAAGGCUAGAGAUCACCUCCCAGGCUUUGCUGGCUCAGCUGCAUUCUCACUUCUGCCCUGCCACAUAUGAUAUCAUGAAGAAGGACUCUGAACGGCAUGGUCACGAACCUGAUCCUCUUCUACAAUGGGCUCAGGGUCUUCAUUCUCCCAGUAUGAUAGAUAUGAUGGUGAUAGAUGAGGUCUGUGAAGAUGGUGUGGUACCACUAUGGUACCACAUGGUACAGAUGAAGAUGAUCACGAUGGCUGACUCAGAAAAGCAGGCUCUGAUGGGAGCCCGAAUUCUCACGAUGCCCAGCUGCCUGCUAAAACUGACCAGG